UCCGGCCGGCGUUUCUUAAUCCCCGGCAUCAAUGGCCAUGCUCUCGCACCGUCUCCGGCGAGUUCUAUUCGCCGUACCUUCCUAUCCUUCUCUAAACCUUGUGGUUCCGAUUUCACUUCCGUGCCAUCGCUGUUACCGCGAUCCGUGGUGAAGCCGCCGACGGAAUUCGGUCGAUCACCGGCGAGAUUCUUCUCGACGACUCAAUAUCAGUACGAUCCUUACACUGGAGAAGAUUUGUUCACUCCCGAUAACGAAGGAUGCGAUUUUAACCACUGGCUAAUCACAAUGGAUUUCCCCAAGGAGAAUCCUCCAUCUCGGGAAGAAAUGAUCUCCAUCUUCGAGCAAACCUGCGCUAAAGGGCUUGGUAUAAGCUUGGAAGAAGCUAAGAAGAAAAUAUAUGCAAUUUGCACAACUAGUUACCAAGGUUUUCAAGCAACUAUGACUAUAGGAGAAGUAGAAAAAUUUAGAGAUUUGGCCGGGGUUCAAUACAUAAUCCCUGAUUCUUAUGUUGAUGUAGAGAACAAGGUGUAUGGAGGAGACAAAUACGAGAAUGGAGUGAUCACACCUGGUCCAGUUCCAGUCCCAACUAAAGAAGGAUUUGAUUCUCUAGAGAAGGAGAGUACGUCGGAACAAGAGACAGCUCAAAGAAGUCCCAAAUCAACACAAGUACAAUCGCCUCCAGAAGGAACUCUGGAUCCAAGACAAGGCCAAGGGAGUCGGAUCCCAAUCUCAGGGCAAGGGCAAGGUCGUGGUCAAGGAAAUCUAGUGCCAAACGCAAGACAAGGGCAAGGUCGUGGUCAACGAAGUCAAAUGCCAUCGUUUCAAGGGAGUUUCAAGCAAAGCCAAGGCACUCCUACCUUUGGACAAAGGCAAGGUACUCAAGGAAAUCAAAUACCUUCGUUUCACGGGAGUUUCAAGCAAGGACAGGGAACUGAGUCCGUAGGACAAGGGCAAGGUCAAGGAAGUAAAACGCCUUCGUAUCAGAUUGGUUACAGCCAAGGUCAGAGUACACAAAUAUAUGGACAAGGUCAAGGUCAGGGAAGUCAAAUACCUUCGUAUCAGAUUGGUUACAGCCAAGGACAGGGAGCUCAGACGCCUCCAUGCCAAGGACCACCAAGCAAUUACGGUCAAGGAGCGUUGGCUAACUACAACCAAAGAUCACCACAAGGGACACAAGAAAAUUAUAACCAAAUGGGCAGUGGGAAUUACAUUCAACAGAGUGGUGGAAACUAUGGUCCUGUACAAGGAAUAGGAAGUCCAGGAUUUGGACAUGGGCAAGGUCAUGGAGGUCCUGUAUCGUCUCCAUAUCAGGGGAGUUACAACCAAGGCCAAGGAACAACAAUGCCAGUGCAAGGUCAAGGUCAAGGAGGUCAAGUACCUUCAUAUCAGAUGGGUUACAGCCAAGGCCUAGGAGCUCCAGUGCCUCCGUACCAAGUAAACUACAACCAAGGAACACCAAGCAGUCAUGGUCAAUGGGUAUUUGUGAAUCCACCACAUGGUAACUUUCUCCAAGGACCGCAACAAAAUUACAACCAAGGUGGUCAAUGGAGUUUCAGAUAUGGUCCUCCACAGUUUGGAAAUCAAACAGCUCAGUAUCAGUUGGGUUACAAUCAAUGGCAAUGUCAAGGAUGUGGAAUGAUUUCGUAUCUGGGGAGUUACAAUCAAGGCCAAGGAACACCAAAUCCUGGACAAUGGCAAGGUCAAGGAUGUGCAGUGCCUUCUUAUCAGGCGAGUUAUAGCCAUAGCCAAGGAGCAACGAUGCCUCCACACCAAGGAAACUACGGUCAAGGGACAUCUGCAAGCUUAAACCAAGGGGUUCCGGUUAACUAUAACCAAACGGGGCAAGGGAAUUACAAUCUUCAGAGUGGUGGAAACUAUGGAUCGGCAGGGUUUCCACAGGAGGAUAAGAGAAAUGUAGCAGGUGGUGACUGGAGCAGCAACAACAAUAAUCAUAGAGACCAAACUGAAGCCGGCAAAAUUCCACAUUGAAUAGGGAUCUUAGCCAGAGGAAUGAAGGAAUUAUGAAACUUGGAGGCGAUCACGAACCCUUGUGAUUAGAGUGGCGAUCAAUGAGAACAUAAUUUUUACAAUUAAAUUCCAUUGGUAUCUACAGGCUGGUCCUAGCUCCUAGCAACCACUGGCCGAGUGAAAAACUCAACAACUAGCGGCCGUUUUUCUGCAGUGGACGAGCAUUACUUGCCGUUCUUGAAAUAAUAAAACACCACACAGUUCGCUAUUGCGAACUCAGGCCUCAGCCUCUGAUUUAUUGUAUCUCUUCAUAAACCCGUGAUGUACUUAGAAAAGACGUAAAGACUAGUGAAAUGUUGUUUUUUUUUUGGUCCUUUUGUACAGAUUCUUUCUUGUUUCAAAUUUCCACAUUGAAGAAGACCCCACCAGAGGAAUAAAUGAAGGAAGUGCGAAACAUAGCGACAUUUUUGCAAUCAAUAACUCUAUUUUGGCA